AUCGUAUUGUGAAUUGUGAUUAUAUGUCUUCAGUCUUUCUGAUAACAAUACUGUUGAUCAAUCAAUCCGCACUCGGUCAUCAGUAACUAUCUAUUGUAGAAGCUAUUUAAAUUUUUAGUUAUUACUUAUUACAGCAUUGCUGUAUUUCUGUAUAUUGUGUUAUUUGUACCCUCUGAGUAUCUAUUUUCCAACGAAUUUAAUUAUUUCGUUAUUAUACUUUUCUUACUUAUGCCAAACUCGCUUAAAAAAUUCAUCAACUGUGUCGUUUUUGGUUGCCGAACAAUAUUCAAAUAAAUCUAACACUAAGGUGUCACCUACUCGAAACGUUUCAUUCCAAUAUUUUGCAUGCUUAUGAAAUAUGAACGGAAUGUUUUUACUUUGAAUUUCUAGUCAACCAUUGAGAUAUGAAUAUUGUCGUAGUUAAUUUCAUUGAUUUAUGAUUAGAAUUUGAACUAUAGUACAGAAUCUACAACAGUGGAUUUAUUUUCUACCAAAAUGCCUCAUCACUAUGGUUUAGAAAUGACUACACAGAUUCGACCUGAAAAGAAGCUGACAAAAGAUGCUAUGGAAAGAUAUUUACUUGAUCGCAAUGACUUGGUUUUAGUCAUCCUUCAUGCUAAAGUUGCUCAAAAGUCCUAUGGCACUGAAAAACGUUUUUUCUGUCCACCUCCAUGUGUGUAUCUUUUUGGCAACGGUUGGCAAUUACGUCAACAACAGCUACUUAGAGAAGGAGUGACUGAAGCUAAUUCUCAAAUGAGUGCAUUUAUUGGCAUUGGUAGUGCGGAUCAAGAUUUGCAACCACUUGAUCUCAAUAACAUUAAACAGUAUUGUGCCGCUAAAACAUUAUUUAUAUCUGAUUCUGACAAACGCAAGCACUUUAUGCUUAUGGUAAGAAUGUUCUACAACAAUGGCUAUGACAUUGGAACUUUCCAUAGCAAACGAAUCAAAGUAAUAUCUAAACCUUCAAAAAAAAAACAAUCCUUAAAAAACGCAGAUUUAUGUAUAGCUAGUGGUACAAAAGUGGCAUUGUUCAAUAGGCUUAGAUCACAAACAGUGAGCACUCGAUAUUUACAUGUCGAAAACGGAACCUUCCAUGCCAGUUCAACACAGUGGGGAGCUUUUAUCAUUUACUUAUUGGAUGAUGAUGAAAGUGAGAGUGACAUGUUCAAUGUUCGAGAUGGUUACAUUCAUUAUGGUAGUACAGUGAAAUUAGUGUGCAGUGUUUCUGGAAUGGCUUUGCCACGACUAGUCAUAAGAAAAGUUGAUAAACAAACAGCGUUACUAGAAGCUGAUGAUCCGGUGUCACAAUUGCACAAAUGUGCGUUUUAUAUGAAAGACACUAAUCAUAUGUAUUUAUGUUUAUCCCAAGAGCGUAUAACAAACUUUAAUGCAACACCAUGUCCAAAAGGGCCAAAUAAAGAAAUGAUCAACGAUGGAGCUUGUUGGACCAUCAUAAGUACAGACAAAGCAGAAUACCAAUUUUAUGAAGGAAUGGGACCUGUAAAUUCACCUAUAACACCUGUACCAGUAGUGCACGGUCUUAACACUAAUGGUGGAGGUGAUGUGGCUAUGUUAGAACUGAGUGGAGAAAAUUUCACACCACAUCUACAAGUAUGGUUCGGAAAUGUUGAGUCUGAAACUAUGUUUCGUUGCCAAGAGAGUAUGAUUGCAGUUGUACCAGAUAUCUCUUCAUUUAGAGGAGACUGGUCAUGGGUGAAACAGCUAACACAAGUACCAGUGUCUUUAGUAAGAAAUGAUGGUAUUAUCUAUGCUACAGGAUUGACUUUUACGUAUACUCCUGAACCAGGUCCAAGAAAUCGUGUAACACCAGCCGACAAAAUAAUGCGAACAUCUACUUCAAAAAAUAAUUUUUCGUUAUCACAUAUCAUGAGUUGAUUACAAAAAGGGUAUUUUUAAUAGUAUUAUUUAUUCAACAGCCAACAGGGUAUAUGACUGAUAAUU